CAAUGAGAUAGGUAGAGUCGUAGCGGGAGAGACAACGCACAAGCUGUGGUGAUGAGAGCGGUGUGAGGAAAUCACCACUGAACGCUGUUAUCCCUGUACCUGUACGCUGUCGAUCUGUACCUGUACAUACCUGGCCGCUAGGUGUGACGUGCCUUCCAUCGGACGCUGCUGAAGAUGUGAGGGAGAAGACGAUGCCAAUGUAGACGGCGUCUCUCUGCAGCGUCCGUCACACACUGGACUUAACACCCGGACUCACUGAGCAGGAAGAUCGCGAGCCGCUAACUCUGUCACACACGAUAGUACAACCUUAAGGAUGAUGUGUCCUUCCCAAAGCUUGUUGGUACUGGCGUGCGUCUGGCUACUCCCCCACACGAGAGGAACGCAGGUUUACUUCAAGCUUCUGAAGGCGGAGGACCUCUCGACUGACAAUUCCCUGUACCCCCGGGACGGCACCCGACCCCUCCCCUCCGACCGCCUGCCUAUCGAGGGUAUCGUGGAGACGCGAGACAAAUACUACGACCCACGCCCAGAGGAAGUGAACAGGAAGAAGCUGAUGGCACUUCUGGGUAGUGACUAUGAUAGAGAGUUUAUGUCCGUUAAAUUACCACGAAGGAAGAACGGGACUCUAGAUUAUAAGUUCUACAAAGGACGACCUGUUGGGAAGAAACCGGGAUUCCUGAGGUUGAUUCAGACGAUGCAGUUGCAGGAUGGACCUACGUUAAAGUUGAAAGUGAGUAAGAAGGACAGAAGGAAAUUUCAGAAGUUUUUGUGGAGUUACUCAUAUUGCCCGGUGAAGUAUGUGUGGAGGGACCUGGGGGUGAGGUUCUGGCCCCGCUGGAUAAGGGACGGUCUGUGCUCCACCCAGAGGUCAUGCUCCUUACCCCCGGGGAUGGUGUGUAAACCAAGCAAAUCCACUACCAAAACAAUUCUCAGGUGGCACUGCCGGAAGUGGCAGAGGCGCGAUGCAUGCCGGUGGAUUAAGAUCCGCUACCCUGUGAUUACAGCCUGUGCGUGUUCCUGUCAGUCCGAGGGAGAAUGAGGUGUUAGUCAGAAGUGUUGUGCAGUAAACCCACAGUGCUAACCCGUGACGCACUAUCUGUGUCACCAUGACGCCGGUGUCAAUCGUUGAGGUAGAUGACAGCUCGCACGGAUCCGAACCAGACCCAGGCGAGACUGAGCUGACACUACUUGCUAGUGCUAUGUGUAAGAGAUUACUACGGGUUUGUUAUACCCCACCCUUCCCACCCCUGCGUAGUGCCUGAGACCAGAACAAGCGCGGAGACAGUGAGAGUGAAUUUCUGUGCCCACAGAAUAGGGACUAGUCACUCCGGUGAUCGAGAUCACUGGCGUGGCGGGACAAAUGCUAAUGACAUUUCUCACAAAGGUAGACAAUUACUGUGAAUGAAGAAUCAAAGUGGCUUCCCACCAGUGUUGACGACAGAGUGUCUAGCCUACUAAAUUGACUGUAAUCGGCCGACUAGCCCAUUGUAUGUGUGUACGGGCUUGAUACAUGAUAUGGGGACUUGAGCGCCCAUGCUCUGACCGUCGGGCCGUGACGAUCGCGGGGCGGGGCUUCCAGUAACGCUCACGCUGUGGGCCAAGUGCUGAAGUAAACAGUCUUGUGAUUCGUCCGUUUUGUUCGCCCUUGAGUGUUGACAACGUUGAGUGACAGAGUGAAAGGAGGGAUAUCACAAGUUCUUGAAGCGCUCGUACAAUCUGCAUAUUUAGGGUUAUGCGCAAAAAGAUAAUAUGAGGUACAACUGCAAAUGGAGGUCAUGUCCAGGUCACAUUUCGUUAUUUAUAUUUAUAGAUUCAUUGUUAUGAUCAAACAUUUCGUUGCCUUUUAAUGAAUAUCAAUCUGUACAUAUGUUAUUUGUAAAUUUGACAUGUGUAUAAGAUCAAUGUGAUUAAAUUAUUGAUUAAAA